AUGAAUUUCGAAGAAUGGCUCUUAACUGCCAAAUUCAACCUUCCUCUCUAUCCCCGUUGUCAAAGAAUACCUCUUAUCCUUCGCGCCCUCCCGCAUGAUUUAUUCGUGGCCGCAGUCGGAGCUGGCAUCACCCACGACACGGACGUUGACCAAUGCUGCGAUACAUUGGCUCAACUAGUCAUCGAUCGUGAGGAGGGAACCCUGGCUAGGGACUUCUUUCAGCGUUUUCAAAAAGCUGAUGAGGCCGACGAAGAGUAUGCCAGGAACCUCCAACUCCUGGCGGAACGUGCGUUCCGCGGCUGCCCCCCAAACAAGAUCGCCAAUUGGGUUGCAGUUCAGUUUAAACACGGAAUCCGACCUUCCAUCUUGGCUGAGAAGCUCUGCGAAGCAAAGACUAACUCGCUCGAUUAA